AUGGAGUCUGACAUCUUACUCUCGUCGAACAAUCCACGCGCAAAUUCAGGGAAGGUUCUCUCUCCUAAUCUUCUUUUCAAGCAACAGUCUGUAGCACCCUUCUGCGAACACCAGGACGGGCGUCCCCGAGAGCUUCUCGGAAAAGGGCAACAAUCCCCAUUAAGUCGACAGAAGGUGGAAGAAUGA